GCCAGAACACACUCUCCCAGGGAGCGAGCGCGCGCCUUGCCACUUCUCACUCGGCACCCGGUUAGGAUCGGUGCUGCCGGCGUAACCCCGCUGGAGACGGGAAGGGGUGCUGGGGUUUGCCAGGCGGCAGACGGUGUGGCAGAACCAUGGGGCCAGUUUCAUUCCUCCUCCUGACGACACUCCUGGCAGCCGCAUUUUCCCAAGAACCGGAGGAACCCGACACUUUGACGGAAUGUACGGAUGGUUACAAAUGGGAUCCCGAGACUCAACACUGCAAAGAUGUGAACGAAUGUGAGCUCAUCCCCCACGCCUGCAAAGGGGAGAUGAAAUGCAUCAACCAUUACGGGGGCUACCUCUGCCUCCCGCGUUCGGCCUCCGUGAUCAACGAUGUGAACGCCGAAAGAGCCUCCCCUCCCAGCCCAGCUCGGCUCAGGCCCCCCCGGCCCCCUCUCUCCGGACCCCGGCAGAACGCCUGCCCCCAGGGCUACGAGCCAGACAGACACGGAUCCUGCUUGGACACGGACGAGUGCGAAUAUGACCUGCACGACUGUCAACCGAGCCAGGAGUGCAUCAACACACCCGGCGGCUUCCAUUGCCAGUGCCCUGACGGCUACCGGAAGAUCGGCACCGAAUGCGUGGACAUAGACGAAUGCCGGUACCGUUACUGCCAGCACCGCUGUGUCAACUCCCCAGGCUCUUUUUCUUGCCAGUGCGAACCAGGCUUCCAGUUAGCGAGCAACAACCGCUCGUGUGUGGAUGUGAAUGAGUGUGAGAUGGGAGCCCCGUGCGAGCAGCGCUGCUUUAACACCUAUGGCACCUUCAUCUGCCGCUGCAACCAGGGCUACGAACUGGAUCACGAUGGCUUCACCUGCAAAGACAUUGACGAAUGCAGCUACUCCACCUUCCUGUGCCAGUUCCAGUGUGUGAACGAACCAGGACACUUCUCUUGUGCCUGCCCCCAAGGGUACCAGCAACUGAGCACCCGCCUCUGUCAAGACAUUAACGAGUGUGAGGCGGGAACCCACCAGUGUACUGAGACGCAGAACUGCGUCAACUUCCACGGCGGAUAUCGCUGCGUGGAGAAGAACCGUUGCCAGGAACCGUACGUGCAAGUCUCUGAAAACCGCUGCCUCUGCCCAGCCACGAACCCGCUCUGCCGAGAGAAGCCGUCGUCCAUCGUCCACCGAUACAUGAGCAUCACGGCGGAUCGGACGGUGCCCUCGGACAUCUUCCAGAUCCAAGCCACCAGCGUGUUCCCUGGGGCCUACAACACAUUCCAGAUCCGCUCAGGCAACGAACAGGGAGAGUUCUAUAUCCGGCAAAUCAACAACAUCAGUGCCAUGCUGGUCUUGGCCCGUCCCGUCACAGGCCCCCGCGAGUUUGUCUUGGAUUUAGAGAUGCUCACCAUGAACACCCUGAUGAGCUACCGGUCCAGCUCCGUGCUACGUCUGACGGUCUUCGUGGGAGCCCAUUCGUUCUAGUCCAACAGUGGCCUGGCUGGCCGCGGGAGAGAAACACCUCCUGUGGGGGGAUGCUCAAGAGACGAGGAGGCCCCACCCCGACUGCCAGGGAGGGAUGUCUCAGCCUCACAGCCCCCUCACCGCACCCAGCGCCAGAUACACCGUGACCGGAUGAGGCCUCUCGCAGCCGGAACGGUGGCUUCCCGAACCAGCAGCCCAUCCUAGACCCACAGCCAGCCCUCGGAGUCACGCCAGCCCCCCAGCGAUGAAACUCUGGGACAGGGGAGAACACCUCGUCCCAACAGGAGCGAACUGUUGAACCUGCCGCCUUUUCUUGGUUUUGUUUUCUGUUUAAAAGGGGGGGAAAGACCAAGGGGGGGAGAAAUUAGUAAAAAUGUUUGGAAAGGAAACCCUUCCGAGAGGCCAUUUAUGGGUCUGUGCUUGUUGCUUCCAAGGUGCUUCAUUAUCGCAGAAUAUUAUUUAUAUCGAAAAGGCAAAGAUUGUCCUUGUUCAGUCCCAAAAGGCAGGAAUGUGCCCCAUUCAGAGCACUCCGGGAAGUGGGGACAUUUGGGGGCUAAGAUGGAGAUCUACGUUUGUCACAUUUCUUCCUGGUCUGUCCCAUACCCCUUUUCAACAAAGAAGUUGUCAAAGCA